CAGCCUCAGCCCAUCUACAAGAUAAAACAGUAAAGCAAGACGACGUCGUAGCUGCAAAAAUUAUUAUCGAGCCCGUCGAGAGGCUUUAUGCUGUCAGGAGAAUAAAGUAAGACCGGUCGGGAAGGAACAUCGCGAUGGUGGCAGCUCUGGUAUCACAGUCAUCAGCAGCAGCAGCAUCACUGUCUUCGAGAAUCAUCGGCAGAGCACUCAGCGGGAGCUUAGUACCCUCUUCCCUCGCACGGCCACUCUCCCCAGCCUUCCGCCGUUCUCCGAUCCGCUCAAUGGCCGACUCCGCCCCUUUCAAGAAAAUCCAAAUCCAGAGAGAGAACACCGCGUUUGACGCCUAUGUGAUCGGCAAAGAAGAUGCUCCAGGGAUUGUCGUUCUUCAGGAGUGGUGGGGUGUGGAUUUCGAGAUCAAGAACCACGCCCAGAAAAUCUCACAGCUGGAACCUGGUUUCAAGGCACUGAUUCCAGACUUGUAUCGAGGAAAGGUAGGUUUGGAUGUUGCAGAAGCACAACACUUGAUGGAUGGUCUGGAUUGGCAAGGUGCCGUGAAGGACAUCCAUGCUUCGGUGAACUGGCUCAAGGCAAAUGGCUCCAAGAAGGUUGGUGUCACUGGCUUUUGCAUGGGAGGUGCUCUUUCUAUCGCAAGCUCAGUUUUAGUCCCUGAGGUUGAUGCUGUUGUUGCUUUCUAUGGAGUGCCAUCAUCAGAGCUCGCUGAUCCUGCCAAGGCUAAGGCACCAGUGCAGGCUCAUUUUGGGGAGCGUGAUAACUUUGUUGGCUUUUCAGAUGUUACGGCUGCAAAGGCUUUGGAGGAGAAACUGAAGGCAUCAGGAGUCCCUUAUGAGGUGCACAUUUACCCUGGAAUUGGACAUGCUUUCAUGAACAGAUCUCCAGAGGGAGUGAAGAGAAGGAAGAGCAUGGGGAUGGAGGAUGAAGAUGAAGCCGCUGUACAGCUGGCAUGGUCCCGCUUCACUUCAUGGAUGACCCGUUACCUUUCUCCUUAAAAAUUUAGCCGCUUCUCUUGAAGUCUAUGUGCACUAAAUAACAGCCCACUGUCCCAUCUUACAAGUUGGCAAGUUGGGCCUCGGUGUGAUCCGUUAAUAUAGUAGGAAUUGUGGCGAUGCUUUACUAGUAGUAUCUUUCUGCUGUGCCUUUUGACAUCGUGUGGUAAUGCUUCACCGAGUGGAAAUGCCUACUUUGGUCAUUGCCCGUCUGCUA